CCUUUAUAUAAUCCUGGUUGUGUGAAUUUAAUUAUUACUAUUACUUUGUAAGAAAAGGGCAGCUCCUACUGUAUUUUUACCUGGAAUAAAAUUGUGCUUUUUAGGAUAGUAGUACACACUGUACCUGUAAAUCUCCAUGGAAAUGUCAGCACAGAGGGCAUGAAAUCAAGGUAAUACUGUAAUUUGUGGCCUGUAAAAAGCCUAAAAGCAGUUGGUUUUACAACUGAAUAAUUUCAUCAGACCCGGGGGGGGGGGGGGGGGUUGGAGCUCAACAAACUGACCUUCUGAAUAUUUGAUCUAGUAUGAUAACUGUCCAAAAGGAGUAUUUACUUGGCUUUACUGACUAUAACAUUAGCCAAUAAGCAGCAGCAUCCAUACCUUACAGCAGUUGUGUGCCCGAGUUCUACAGAAGGAACGCCUCCCUGUCUCUUCAGGAUCUGAAUGGUUGUUGCUGUUGUAGAAACAGAAGGAGCACACACACUCUCAUUCCUAAGCUGUACACUUAGUAUAACUUGUCUUCUGCUCUCUGUUCCUGACUCAAGCCAAGUUUAUACAUAAGAGCAGUAGCCAUACUUCCGUGUAGCUGCUUAUUCUUUUCAGCUAGUUUGGCAGUAACUGUUAAAAGCAAUUGUUUGGGAUCCUAGUGCUAAUGAGAUUACUGUAUAUGCUCAUGUGUAUGUCAACCGCAAGGCCAGAUUUUGGACCCCAAAUUAUGGGUUUUGACAUGACACCUUGCUCAUUCUGUGCAAGCUACUUCCUUUUCCCUGCCGAGGCAUUCAAAAAGACCAAAAGUGGUGUCAUGGCAGAUAAAGUAUAAGGGCUCAGUGCUUCUGUUAGGUUCUCCCAGGACAAACUACACUUUCACCACUCUAUUCAGAGAAGGGGGUGGCUCCUUUUAUGUUAAUAUACUGCACUUACAUUGACCCUUGGAUAGGUCGAUGCAUGUUUUGGGGGUUGAUUUUUUUCAUUAAAAUUUCGAGUUAUACAUGAGAAUAUAGGGCACAUCCAAUGAAGUUAAAUGCCCAGUGCAAUCAAUUGCUUCUUACCAUGUGGGAAGGAAGUAUUGAAAAAUUACUGUCACGCUGGUAAAAUGAUCUAAAGUUCCCAUUCUUUGGUCCUCCAGAUAUUUUGGACUUCUACUUGGCUGUGCUAGCUAAGGUUUCUUUAUAUUACAGUCUCAAAAUACCUGGGGAACCAAAAGUAGAUAAAAUAUAAAUUGUAAUUUGAAGCAUUUAUAAGGGAAAGAGGAUACACUAUGGAGCAGGUAUUUAAUGUAUGUUGGGAGCUUGAAUGGAGAAAUCUCUCAUGGAAAAACAAUUUCAGAAAAUUAUUUCACACAUACUAUAACUUGCAUGUUGCUCAAGGUUUUUCAAAGGUGGAUAUGAAUUCUGAUCAAAAUUCAUAUUCACAGGCAUAAAAUUACUCAUUAAAAAUAGUAUAUGAGCUCUUUGUGCUUCACAAAACCCUAGCUAUAAUAUAAAGAACAAUUAUUGUCCCUUACCAUGGCCAUACUACAUUAGGUGAUGACACCGACACUAGUGUCUUUAUUUUGGCUAUUUUAAUUUUGCAGUAUAAUUCAUAUGCAUUAGUGUACAUGAGUAGCUGUGCUUUUCUUACAAAAACAAAAAAAUGUCCGAAUUGUUCCAAAUCCCAAAUAAAUGUAUAAAUGUAAGCAAAAUUUAUUGCAUUGGCCCUUGUUUUCUUUUAAUUUUCUGAAAUAAGAUAUUAACUCAUUUCUGUUACUUAGGCUACCUUUGUCAUGAGGCCACGUCACAUGGAACUCUGGAAAUCUUUGUUCCAUGAUAAAGAGAAAAUAGCCACAAAAUACUAUGUAUCCUAGAUGAUCAAAGUGAAACCUUGUAGGUAACUGUUUGAGAAUUCUAAACUGCUUGCGCUAGACAUGAUUAAAACCAUAAUAAAAAUUCUGUGAUGUGUGUUUUUUAUGUGUAGGAGUUCAUAAGAGUCCAGCUUUAAAACGCUGUUGUGAGAGGUAUACUACAUAUUCCAGCUUCGUGAGCUUCGUAUUGGGAGAUAGUGUAGUGUGACAAUACAAGAUUUUAGCAUCUAAUGUAUCUCAUGACAUCUGAAAAAAGAGUCUGCCCUUUCCAAAUGCAAACUCCAGAUUUAUUGCUGAAUCUACACUUAAUUGAGUGUCAGAAUAAUUUCAAAAGUGUUGUUACAUUUUACUUGUUUAAUUACUGCUUGUGUUUGUUUCAUACAGUUAACAUCAGAAGGUAAGAGCUUUAGUCUGGAUCACUUCAGAAUACAAACAAGGAGUUGUAUGUUUCAGUAAUUCCUCAUUAGAUACAUGCAGCAAAAGGGGUGGGGAUACAUAAAUGGUGUCCCAAGUGGGAUUAGCUGGUAUUUGUACUUCGGCUAAAUGAAAAACAAGAUAGCAAAAGGUUUAUUUAGGCAGUUUUCAAAAGCAAGCUUCUAGAACAUCAAGCAAUUGCCAGCUGCACUGAUGCACAAUACAUUUCUGUUCAAGAACUAUGCUAUUGGUCCUAUAAGAUAAUAUAGGGCAAGUGUUUAAGGGUGAAUUUCAGAGGGAUUGAUUCAGUUCCCUUGCUGCUGCUGCAGUAACAUAAGAUCAACAACAACAAUUUAUUGAUUAGCCAGUUGGCCUUAUCAAAUCGUAAGAUCAAUAGAUUAGCUACUUUUGCUAGAGUUAGGGUCUAUGGCUGAACGGCCUGUUUGGGAAAUGAAAAUGGAGGUGGCAUGGUUUUUACACAACAUGCUGGAAGAAAUAACAAUGGCUUGACCUUCAUAUAAUACUAGAAAUAAGGUGAAGAAAUAGGGCAAGUAGGCGAUGAAGGCCAACUUGAGAUGUCUCAGUCUUAUACCAACCAGGUCUGCUGAAUUGGUAAGGCAACAUAGUGACGUUCUUUCUACAAUGAAAUUUCUUUCACUAUUUAUGUGAAGUGCACUGUGAAGAAUAAGUGAAAUGGUGAGUGAUUUUUGGGAUGUAUUUCUUCCUCUGUGACUUAUGUUACUUCUCACCCACUCCCACCUCAAAAACUAUUCCUCUUAGUGGGUCCACUGAAGUAUCCAAGCUUUUGUCACACACAGUUUUCUAAAACAUUAUUAGGUUCAGGAUCGGGAUGUGGGAAAAUUCUUGUACCACCAGAAUGGGUUUAUAUGGUUCAGAAAGUAACAUUUUCAAUUGGCAUACAAAAUCACAUGCAACAGGUUCUCUAGAUGUUGGACCCAAACGCAUAUCAGCAGAAGCCAGCUUGGACAAUGGUCAGGUUCACUCCUAACAACAUCUGAAGGCCCUCGGGUGAUCCAUUCAUAAAAUACAUCAAGAGUUAUUAAAAUAACCACUUUGUCAAGUUUCCCCCCCAAAAAAAAUAAAUUGUUGGACAUAUUUUCAAUGUUGGUUGAUAAAAUGAAAUUUAGUGAGAGCAGCAUUUCAAAUGGAGUUGAAAUACUGGAAUGCCUCACCAACUAUUCCUGCAGCGUUGUUGUAUGUCUUUCGGGCUAUGUGGCCAUGUUCCAGAAGUAUUCUCUCCUGACGUUUCACCCACAUCUAUGGCAGGCAUCCUCAGAGGUUGUGAGGUAUGGAAAAACUAAACAAGGACUGUUUAUAUAUAUCUGUGGGAAGUCCAGGGUGAGGGAAGAACUCUUGUCAGUUGGAAGCCAGCUUAAAUGUUCCAGUUAAUCACCCUAAUUUGCAUUGAAUGGCUACAUCUAGCUACUUUCUGCCUGGGGUCAUUCUUUGUUAACUGCCUCUAGUUCCCAUGUAUCAGAGAGUUGCUUCUUAUUUACUGUUCAGAUUUUUGUGUUUUUUAAUACUGGUAGCCAGAUUUUGUUCAUUUUCAUGGUUUCCUCCUUUCUGUUGAAUUUGUCCACAUGCUUGUGGAUUUCAAUGGCUUCUCUGUGUAGUCUGACAUGAUAGUUGUUGGAGUGGUCAAGCAUUUCUGUGUUCUCAAAUAAUAUACUGUGUCCAGGUUGGUUCAUCAAGUGCUCUGCUAUGGCUGGUUGAGUUAGUCUGCAGUGCCUUUCAUGUUCUCGUGUUUGGGCGCUUUGUUUGGUGGUUCCUAUGUAUACUUGUCCACAGCUGCAUGGUAUCCGGUAGACUCCUGCAGAGGUGAGAGUAUCCCUCUUGUCCUUCGCUGACCGUAGCAUUUGUUGGAUUUUCUUUGUGGGUCUGUAGAUGGUUUUUAGGUUGUGCUUCUUCAUCACUUUGCCUGUGCGGUCAGUGUUCCCUUGAUGUAUGGUAAGAACACCUGUCCUCUGGGUGGAUCUUUGUCUUGACUCUCAUGGCUUGUUCUUGGCCUUGCAGCUCUUCUGAUGUCUGAAUCUGCGAACCUCACCUCCUCCAAGGUGAACUAAACCACCUAAACUGGGCUCUGCAGGCCAAUGGAUACUCCACCACAGACAAAUCACUCAUUUCAGUUUCUGUGGUUCACUGUGAGAAUGAGGUGCAAAUGAACUAAUAUCUCCUGAAUGCAGACAUGUCUCUUCAUAGUCCCAGAGUAGGGUGGAUGAAGCUUAGCUCGGGCUGCAUGUGACUCUUACCAGGGUUUUGAUUUGUUCAGACUCCAUUGACUUCUUGUUUUCCCUCUGCAACAAAUGGGUUCGCACUUCUAGAAACCUCCAGAGAGACAAUAAGAACAUAGGUUGCAGGAUGGCUUAAAUAUUUAACAUGAAACAUACUCAUUUUUUUCAGGAAGAAAAGUAUUCUCUUGGCCACUUCAUUUUGUUGUUGCUAGAGUUCUUAAGUUUAUAAACAGCAGCAUAGUCCAGCAGGAAGAUUGACACAAACAUUUCCCUUAAGACUCUCUUAAGCUUUCAAUUUGGGGAAAAAAAUUAUAUGACAGGAAAAUAAUCAGGUAGUUUUAGAAUUUUAAAAUAUUUGUUAAGUAAAGUCUCUUAUGCAAUUAUACUGUAGAAGUAAUGCAGUUUGACACCACUUUAACUGCCAUGGCUCAAUGCUAAGGAAUUCUGGGAGUUUUUAGUUUGGUAAGACAUCAGCACUCUGGUAGAGAAGGCUGAAAACCUUGUUAAAUUACAAGUCCCAUGAUUCCAUAGCAUUGAGCAUUGGUGUCUAGUUACAGUGUAGAUAUACUCCUAGACAUUAUGAGUCCAGGAACAUUGCUUGUGUAGAUAUUUCUUACCUACAAGGUACAUGGUAUUUUCAGUUCAUUUCAGUGGCAAGCAAUAUCCACUGAUGUAAUGUCACACAUUUCAUAUCUCAUCUAUUGACUUUUAUACAAUUACAUAAUUUCAGUAUUUUGCAGCACCUGUACACUACAGUAAACGUUUCUUUUAUUAAUUCAACAGCUAUAAUUGUUACUACAGAGAGUAGUAAUGUGACUGUAAAUGCCAUAUUUUAACCAUAUUAGGCACUACAAAAUAAAAUACCAAGCUCCGUCUGAUUUCUGCCUCAGUCACCUGGCCCCAGACUGCUAUAAUUUACCAGCUUCACUAUAUAGAGGUUGGAGAUUGCAUUUUACCUGUCUCAAGUUCAAUGAAAUCCUCUGGGAAGCACAAAAGCUUCUUACCAUCGGUAUAUGAGUUUUCCUUUCUCAGAGCAAAUAAAUAAAAGGAAAUCCAAAUUGCCUUCUGCUUAUUCUUUUUUUAUAUGUCUAUCUGAUUUCCUUUCUUAUCUCUUGGAUUCAGUUGACUGACUUGAAAUCUAAACCAAAACUGUAAGUCUAUACACAAUGGGAAUUCUAUCAGAAAUAUUUUUGGACAAUGACAUUUUAUUAUUAUUUUAUUGACAUUUUUAUUGACAGUAUUCUCAUUGUGCUGUCACGUAUUUAUUUUUAAUAUCUGUUUGGUGUGUUCCCCUAGAUCCUUGAACUUAUGAAUAUGUAUUUUUACAUCUCAUAAAAACUGCCUUGGUUUUUACAUCUCAUAAAAACUGCCUUGGAUGGCCCUGGUGAUCUCGUCCAACUUUGAUUUGAUAAUUCUGUGUUUUAUUGAACAGUCUCACCUGAUAUAUACGUAGGAGUUCAUCCAUUUGGGAAUUAAAAGUAUAGAGCAGGCAUGAGCAAACAGCCCUCCAGAUGUUUUAGACUCCAAUUCCCACAAUUCCUAACAGCCUACCGCCUGUUAGGAAUUGUGGGAGUUGGAGUCCAAAACACCUGGAGGGCUGAAGUUUGCCCAUGCUUGGUAUAGAGUCUAAUUUAAUCUGUGGGACCUUUUACAAAUGCUGCAGUGCAGAAUGUUCCUGAAAAGUCUGCAAUGUCCUUUUCCAGGAUAAAGCCAUCCAUGGAUUCUGCAUCUACUGAUUCAACCAUUCACAACUUGAAACUAUUUUUUUUUAAAAAAGUCAAAAGCCAAAACCUUGAUUUUGCAGUUUUAUAAAAGGAACAACAUUUUGCUAUGCAACUGUUUGAGACUUGAGCAUCCAUGGAUUUUGGGCUCCAUAGGGAUCCUGGAACUAAACCCCAGCAGAUACUAAGGGCUCACUGAACUCCAUUUUUCACUGUGCUCAUUGAAUAUGCCCAGUUCUUGAGCUGUUUUCCCCUCCUUUAUAACAGGAUUGGGAAUCACGCAGUCUUUUCAGUAUUUGAUUGGCAAUCCCAGCUGCCAAGACAGUGUAGCGAAGUCAAUGGUAAGAAACACUGGGAUUUGCAAUCCAGUGAGCAUCUCUACAUCUACAUGAUUUCUGAUCCUCAUGUUAACAGCAUUUUUGUUUAGCUAUUCCAGCAAUCCUUUGGUUGCUCCACUCCACAUCUUUCUAUCUGUCCCUCUAUCUUUAUGGGUAGCAGCGUUUGGGCUACAUAAGGGCUUUGUGUGCCUUCAUUUCCAACUUAAGCAACGUUAUAAGGUGACCUUUCAUGAGUUUUCCUGGCAAGAUUUGUUCAGAGGUGGUUUGCCUUUGCCUGUCUCUGAGGAUUAGAUUAUGUAACUUGCCCAAGGUCACCCAUUGGGUUUCCUUGGUCAAACAGGGUUUUGAACCCUGGUCAUAGUCCAAUGCUCAAACCAUUACAUCACACUGGCUCUGUAAAGAGGAAUAGAGUUUUGUUAUUAGUAUAUGCAGUUUAAGAGAGCCUGGAUUUGGUAUUGGUAUCUAUUUUUAUGUUAGUUUUGAAGUGGGGAAUUCUUGGACUUGGGACUACAACUCCCAUAUAUUUUCUUGAUUUGGAAUUUAAAUCCAGCAUGCCCAUAGUGUGGUUAAACGUUGUUGCUUCUGUGCUUGGUAAAUGCAGAAUAGUUCUAAAGAAAAAUACAGACCUAAGUAUGCUCAGAGUGCCAAUGUUAACAUGGAAUGUGUCCAGAGAAGGGCGACUAAAAUGAUCAAGGGUCUGGAGAACAAGCCCUAUGAGGAGCGGCUUCAAGAGCUGGGCAUGUUUAGCCUGCAGAAGAGAAGGCUGAGAGGGGACAUGAUGAGGGCCAUGUAUAAAUAUGUGAGGGGAAGUCAUGAGGAGGAAGGAGCAAGCUUGUUUUCUGCUGCCCUGAAGACUAAGACGUGGAACAAUGGCUUCAAACUACAGGAAAGGAGAUUCCACCUGAACAUUAGAAGAACUUCCUCACUGUGAGAGGUGUUCAGCAGAGGAACUCCCUGCCCCAGACUGUGGUGGAGGCUCCUUCUUUAGAGGCUUUUAAGAAGAGGCUGGAUGGCAAUCUGUUGGGGGUGCUUUGAAUGCGAUUUUCUUGCUUCUUGGCAGGGGGUUGGACUGGAUGGCCCACCAGGUCUCUUCCAAUUCUAUGACUCUAUGGUCCUACAAUCCAUCCCAUUUUUAAAAGAGAGGUGAGUUGUUUCCCCAGAGUUGAAUUCUUUCUACUUCACUACUAUUACUAUUGAAUUGACCUCAAUAGAUGUGAGACCAGUGACCUGAGAGUUCAAUUGAAAAGUUGACUAUAGGGGAAGAUAAAAUUCAUUUGGAAGGAUUUUGCAGAGGGAAGGAAAUGACAUCUCUGCAGAUAUUUUGGAUUACUUAUUCUGUUGCCCCCAGACAGAAUAGCCAACAGCAAGGAAUGUUGGGAGUGACAAUUCUACAACAUUUGGAGAGCCAUGUAGUUUCUGCCAUGAUUUAAUAGCAUGGCUGAAAUAGUCAGCAACUGGAAACAAACUAUGUAUAUCUUUGCACUCCAAGUGACUUGCAUGGUUGGGGGAUCCUGGGAAUUGUAGUCUACGAAAGUAACUUUUCUAAACUCUAGAUAUGGUGAAAGCAGGUCCUGGGUGGCCACACCUGCUCCUCUGAAGGGAAGGGGGUGGAGCCUAGGAAGUCUGAGAGCUACUUCCACAUUUGAGAGCACCUGGGUGGAAGCUGAGCUCCUUGCUAGUGAUCUUGGAUAAAGCCGCAUUUACACUUCAUGACUGACCAUGAAUGCUAGUGGCCCAGGAUAUCCAUUAGCCUCUCUCUAUGUGGGGGACUUGCAUCCGGACGUGACUGAAGCUAUGUUGUAUGAGAAAUUCUCACCUGCUGGACCAAUCAUGUCCAUCAGAGUUUGUCGAGAUGUUGCUACACGUCGAUCUCUAGGUUAUGCUUAUAUAAAUUUUCAGCAGCCUGCUGAUGCUGAGCGGGCCUUGGAUACCAUGAAUUUUGAAGUCAUAAAAGGUCGGCCCAUUCGCAUCAUGUGGUCCCAGCGAGACCCAGGACUCAGGAAAUCAGGCGUUGGCAACAUCUUCAUUAAGAAUCUGGAUGAUUCUAUUGAUAACAAAGCCUUGUAUGAUACUUUCUCAGCCUUUGGGAAUAUUCUCUCUUGCAAGGUUGUUUGUGAUGAGAAUGGAUCCCGAGGUUAUGGCUUUGUCCAUUUUGAGACUCAUGAGGCAGCAAACAGAGCAAUUGCCACAAUGAAUGGAAUGUUACUCAAUGAUCGCAAGGUUUUUGUUGGUAAUUUUAAAUCCCGACGUGAGCGUGAAGCUGAAUAUGGAGCCAAGGCAAUGGAAUUCACAAAUGUUUACAUCAAGAACUUUGGAGAAGAGAUGAGCAAUGAGAGGCUGCAGGAAACAUUCUCGAUAUUUGGAAAGACACUGAGUGUCAAAAUCAUGACAGAUAACAUAGGCCGUUCAAAAGGGUUUGGGUUUGUCAACUUUGAGAAACAUCAGGAUGCUCAGAAGGCUGUUGAAGACAUGAAUGGGAAGGAGAUCAAUGGCCGAAUGUUGUAUGUUGGAAGAGCUCAGAAGAGGAUGGAACGUCAGAGUGAGCUGAAACGUAAAUUUGAGCAAAUCAAGCAGGAAAGAGUGAGCAGAUACCAGGGGGUUAACCUGUAUGUAAAGAACCUGGAUGAUGGGAUUGAUGAUGAGCGACUGAGGAAAGAAUUCUCUCCCUAUGGAACCAUCACCAGUGCCAAGGUGAUGACAGAGGGUGGACACAGCAAAGGUUUUGGGUUUGUAUGUUUUUCCUCACCUGAAGAGGCCACAAAGGCAGUGACUGAAAUGAACGGGAGGAUUGUCAGCACCAAGCCUUUGUAUGUUGCCCUAGCCCAAAGGAAAGAGGAAAGAAAAGCCAUUCUGACCAACCAAUACAUGCAGAGACUGGCUACUCUCAGAACCUUGCCUGGCCCACUCUUCUGCUCCUUCCAACCUCCUCCGGGUUACUUCGUGCCUUCCAUUCCACAGCCACAACCUAGAACUCCUUACUACAAUGCAAGCCCAGUUGCCCCAGUCCGUCCUGCUCCCCGUUGGAAUGGACAGCACUCCCGGCCUCCUUCGUCCUAUCACACAGCCACACCAGUCCUGAGGACCAACGCACCUCCUAGACGUAUCCUGAAUAACAUCAGCACUAUGAGACAAGCAUCGACUCAAGUCCCCAGAGUGCCACCCAACGCCCAGAGAAUGGCCAACAUAGGAACCCAGACUGUCAGUGUUCGGGCACCCUCCCCACCAACCUUCUCACGUGGAAUCUCACAGUACAAGUAUUCUUCAGCAGUGAGGAACAUCCAACCAUUGAAUGCAAUGCCACCCAUACCAAUGCAGCAGGUUGUAGAACCAGCAGUUCAUAUUCAUGGCCAAGAGCCAUUGACGGCAUCCAUGUUGGCUGCAGCCCCUCCUCAAGAGCAAAAGCAAAUACUUGGUGAACGUCUCUACCCCUUAAUUCAUGCGAUGCACCCAUUCUUGGCUGGAAAGAUUACAGGAAUGCUGUUGGAGAUUGAUAACUCGGAGCUUUUGCUUAUGCUGGAGUCACCAGAAUCCCUCCAUUCUAAGAUUGAAGAAGCAGUUGCUGUACUACAAGUUCAUCAGAUGUCUGAAUCAUCACACAAGAGUGCAUCAACAGCAUUCCUCCAGUGAUGAAGGUGGAAGCACUAGGAAAAAGAAGGUGGACAUCCCUGCUGAAGAAAGUAACACCAUGGAUGAAAGGCUUCCUCUAUUUGCUGUAAAAACUUUCUGCAUAGUGUAUAUACACAGGUUCACACAGAAAUGUAGCUCUAUGUGAUUACACUUUAGUUAUGCACUUCAGAUCCAUUUCAAAUUUGUUUUCAUUUCACUCUACUUUGGUUUAAAUUAUGUCUGUAUUUAUUCACAAGUGCCUAUCUGGCAACCCUAAUAGGUGGGGAUCAUAGUUUGGUAAUUUAGUAGGAUAAUGAAAUGGAACAAAAUGUUUCUUUUUGUUCUGUUGAUUGUAAAGUUAAGUUGCAAUGCUGGUCAUUUUUAGUAGCUUUAAUCUUAGACCACUAUCAAGGCAUAUAUGGAUAUUUUAUUUGUUCUUGCUGUUGACAUGAUAAAGAGCUUCACUUCACCAAACUGUGUUCUUCUUUAGAUGUUUCCCUUCAAUGUUCUUUGGUUAAGUGGCAUAAACAAAUGCUCUUUUUUGGUUCAGGAGUAGAUUCAAAACCCUCCAGACAUGAGCAGUUGGAGAGCCCAAAGUGAUCUUAGCUUUAUCAGGAAAGGACUGCAGACUGGCAUACCUACAUGACACAUAAAGGAUUUCAUAAGCAAACCUUAUAGGGAUUUUUGUUCUGCUUCAAAUCAUGAUUCUGUUCCUAGCGACACAAACACAGGCACAAUUCUGCUUCUUCAAUUCAUGCUUACGCCUCUAGAAAUCAGGUUGCUUUCAGGAAAUCCUGGUAAUGAAAUACAUUGCCUGAGACACGGCCUCUCCUAGGAUGUGAAAUGAUAGUUAAAACAUUUGAUUUUCCUACAUGGCUGACAGCUUGGAAGUAAAACAGCUAAUUAAAGCAAUAAAUUAAAGAUAGUUGUGUUAGUCUGAACCAGUAUGCAAAGGGAUCUUGUAGUACCUUUGAGACUUAACUGAAAGAAGUUGGCUGCAUAAGCUUUCAUAGACUUAAGUUUAUGUUAUUAGAUACAUCUGAAGAGAUGGACUUAAGUCUAUGGAAGUUUCUGCUACCAACGUUCAUUUCAAUCUCAAAGGUGUUACAGAGUCCAUAAUUAAGCCUGGUCUAUGAAGUAUGUUGAAGGCUUUAAAAGGGCAAGUAGCCAUUAUUUUAAUUAUGAAUAUUCGUCCAAUCUAUUAAUAUUAUGACAUGUUAUUAGUUGUGCUAAUUUAACUAACAGUCUUGAUCUUUUAACUGCUUUCCCAUUCUCCCUAAUCCUGAUUAAUAAGUGAUCAUACUUGUUUGCUAUCAAUCCAGGUGGGGGGUCACUUUGUGUUCCUUCAGUUGUUGCUGGAGCAGCUCCUAGCAUCACCCCCCCCCCUCCCCGAAGCUAGCUGGAUCUGAUAGAAAUGAAGGUCCAACUUCUGGAAGGCCAUAAGGCUGUUGUUACUUCAUUAAGCCUUUACAAUAUAGAAAGGAAUGCUACUCUCUAAGGACAUACACGUGGAGUCACUCUUCUUAUUGACUUUAAAAGAAUGGCCAGUGAUGAGGUAAUAGUAAGUUGGUAACUAGGUGUAAUCCAAAGCCUCAUGGACACACAGAAAGUUUGAUAAUCAAACACAAGUCACACACAUUUUAAGAAACAGGAUACUAUAAUUCUGCCUUUCAAAAUCAUUCUGCCCAGCCAAAUUCAGAGACCUGUUUUUUAUGUUUGAUGCUGGUUUUGCAAAUGAUGGGAAAGAGUGUAAUCUGAAUCCUUGUGGAUAACAGAUAUUCAUUUUUGGCAGUUGUUUCUUUUGAUGAAUAUCUGCUUCAGAUCAUUUUAGCAAUAAAAUUUUGCAUCUGAUGUACAUGGAUGACCUGAAGCUGUAUGGGAAAACGGAAACUGAAAUCCGGUCUCUGUCCAAAUCUUUAGCACUGAUAUCUGUCAGGGGAUGAUGGUGUGCAGAGUGAAUUCCAAAAAUCAUCAUCCACGUCUCACCUCCUUCUCCAGACUGAAUUCCCAUGCUGAGAAACAGCACUGGUCAAACAAAACACUCCAGCAGACGAAGUCCAACUGUUGAUUAACUUUAUUUACAUGUCUAUUUACAGUUUGCAUUUCUCGGCUUCAGAGCAUAGCAUUCAUUGUCCAUCUUCAGCGAAAGCUCAAGCCGAACUCCACAGAUAAGAUAAGACACACAUUCCUCUGUCCAGAGGAAGUUCCAACCCUCAAAGGCAGGAAAUCAAUUCUGAUAGGUCAUAACAAUCACAACAGGCUGUCAGUCAAAACUAGCCUGCUGUUAACUAUUUCAGAAUAUGUAAAGCAAAGUGAAGAACCUGCUUUGAUUGAAGUCAAAAAUCAGAAACUCCUCAAAGCACAACAGACAAAAAACCAGUACACAAAAACCACACUACAAACUAGAGCUGACAGCUGGCACAACAAAACAUUGCAUGGAAAGUUCCUUGACAAAAUUGAAGGAAAAGCUGAUAAGGAGAAGACCUGGCUAUGGCUCACGAAUGGGACACUGAAGAAGGAGACAGAAGGCCUGAUCCUUGCAGCCCAGGAGCAAGCCAUCAGAACAAAUGCAAUUAAGGCCAAGAUCGAAAAAUCAGAUGAUGACCCAAAAUGCAGAUUGUGCAAGGAAACCGACGAAACUAUUGAUCAUAUCCUCAGCUGCUGUAAGAAAAUCGCACAGACAGACUACAAACAGAGGCACAACUAUGUGGCCCAAAUGAUUCAUUGGAACUUAUGCCUCAAGUACCACCUCCCAGCAGUAAAGAACUGGUGGGAUCACAAACCUGCAAAAGUAUUGGAAAAUGAGCACACAAAGAUACUGUCUGUGGGACUUCCGAAUCCAGACUGACAAAGUUCUGGAACACAACACACCAGACAUCAUAGUUGUGGAAAAGGAAAAGGUUUGGAUCAUUGAUGUCGCCAUCCCAGGUGACGGUCGCAUUGACAAAAAACAACAGGAAAAACUCAGCCGCUAUCAGGACCUCAAGAUUGAACUUCAAAGACUCUGGCAGAAACCAGUACAGGUGGUCCCGGUGGUCAUCGGCACAUUGGGUGCCAUGCCAAAAGAUCUCAGCCAGCAUUCGGAAACAAUAGACAUUGACAAAAUUACGAUCUGCCAACUGCAAAAGGCCACCCUUCUGGGAUCUGCACGCAUCAUCCGAAAAUACAUCACACAGUCCUAGACACUUGGGAAGUGUUUGACUUGUGAUUUUCUGAUAUGAAAUCCAGCAUAUCUAUCUUGUUUGCUGUGUCAUAAUAAAAUAAUAACAACUGCAAUCUUUUUGUCUCUUGCUUUAAAGUGCAUUUUAACAUCCACUGGCAACUACUUAAUUUGUAUUCCGUCCUAUCUCCCCAAGAGGACUCUGGGAAGAUUCCAACAUACAAUGGCAAACAUUCAGUGCCUCCGUAAACAAACCAAUACUGACAUAUAAUCUCAGAGAAACCCCACAUAUAAAAAUAUUAAAACCUAACAUCAAAUUAAAGCCUAACAUCAGUAAAUUAAUCCUGACAUCAAUAAAUUGAACUACAUGUAGUCAAACAAAAUUAUAUAGUAACUUAAAAUCCAAAUAAACAUCCACAUUAAUUUACAACAGCCAACUAGUUUAGUGUAGGUUGGUUAUGUGGUCAAACAAUGACCAUUGGGCUGGCGUGGACUAGGAAGGUCCAAAUACGAUAGUUCUCAGCCAGGGGCCCGGCAGUGAUCUCCUCUCCAUAUGCUAGUGAGCAUAAAUAGGUCUUCAGUUGUUUUUUUAAGGAGGGGAGGGCAGUUUGAUUUCUUUAGGGAGUCCUCGAGGUGGGGGACGACCACGAAGAAGGCCCUCUCUCAUUCCCACCAGCCGUACUUGAGAUGGGGGUGGGACCGAGAGCUACCAGUUUUAUAAGUCUUAUUCCCUAGAAGAUAUCAUUUAUGUAGUGUUGUCCUGGAGCACAAUCAGAAAUAUAGUAAAUGGGAGUGCACCUGCCAUUAGAACAUAGAAUGGCCAAUAUGCACUGUAACCUGUUGAUGUCUAAUGUCAUAGCUAUACUUCAGUAGCAUCCCUCCUUUCUGCUUUAGUUUUAAAAGGGGAACGAAGGGAGAACUCACCAUGUUUCCAAGUUCACUCACACUUCUGGAAACCACCUACACGCAUGAUUCAGCUUAGUCAGAAAGUGUGCAAUCUUUUUGUCUCUUGCUUUAAAGUGCAUUUUAACGUCCACUGGCAAAUUGCUGGGGGACCAUUUUGCUGCCUGUUGAAACCUGAACCAGUGGUGUUGAAUGGACAAAGCAGCCCCCCAGUUCUACAAAACACUUUUACCAUAUAGGAACAAAGGCAAACUUUAUUGUAUAAGUUGUAUAACUUCAAAUUAACACCAGAUAGACAGAUUUAUCAUUUUAAAAACAAGCUUUAUUUCUUGUCCUGAGGCUAAAAGAGAGAAAACUUAAAUAAAAGAUCUGCAGACAGCCAUUCUUUUCCUUUAAAUCUUCUCAGAGGGAGGAGAGACAGGCACCAGCUCUAUAUUCAGUGCAACAUUAACAGUAGUAACUCAAGGUUGCAGGACUGUAUUGAGAGGCAACAUGCAAAGCUCUCUCCUGUAUAGCCUUGUAGCCAGAAGCUCAAAAGGAAGUAAGCUCCCUGGAAAGGGUGGGGUGCCCCUCCACCCAAGAUAGGUGACUCAACUAGAAACCUUGCUCCAAGAAGGUGGAGAGCAAAAUAUAAGGAAGCUACACCUUUUGCUGUUGCUGUGGAACAUUUGAGGUUAUUCUUAAACAGUGAGUUACACAGUCUUUGGAGAUACCAGCUGGCACAUGGAUGUUAUUGUAAUUCAUCAUUCCUCUGUAAUAGAGUACAUGUAGAAGAUCAGCAGGGUAGUAAGAAUACUAGGCCAUGAUUAUCUUCUGCCAACUAACAGCAGGGAUUGGAAACAUAUUGUCUUCCAGUUAUGGUUGGACUGCAAAUCCCCAUAGCUUUCACCACUGUGUUGGCUGAGAUUGGUGGAAGCUUUAGUACUUCCAACUGCUAGGAAACACUUAUUCCUGUCCUCCUGAAUGGGUUUUUAAAUUUAUUCAAAUGAAAUCAGAGGUAUAAUCUGAAGUACUAGAACUCAUUAUAAAUAAUCACCUGCCAUUUAUGGGAUGUAGGCCUAAGAACAGUAUUGUUGUAGGCAGAUAUUUAACAUUACUUCUCUGCCUCUGAAACUCUAAACCAAUCUCUACUCAUUUGGAUCUUCCACAGUGCGAACUUCCAACUACAACUACUUUGACAUGUGUACAAUGGGGGUAAGUGCGGUACAGUAACAAGCAUAUGCAAACAUGAAACAUAUUUAAACAAAAGGCAAGUGUAACUUACCCUAAUGAACAAGAACUGAAGAUUUUGAAUGCAAAAGGUACACACACACAAAGGAUAACACUGUACUAAGCUCUUUGGUAAAGGACAAAAGCAGCUUUAGAUUUCCAAGUAAUUUUCUCAAGACUAAGUGCUCUCCAUUGGGAGUGUAGUGCGCAAAACAUAAGGCAAGUACAGACUAUUUUUACCCUCCUAACUUCUACCUGUCACUAUUCCUCCAAGUUUUAAGUUUGGACUGUGCUGAUAUCAAAAGUAUAUACAUCCACUGCCAAAGUCUUAAAGCGUUUCUUUCUGAGCAAACAUACAGCUGAAAUAAGCAUGUUUGAUCAGGGCUGCUCUAAGUGCUGGUAAUGUUUUCCAACAAUUAGAAACAUUUUUUUCCUAGGACAGAGAAUUGCAGGAGCUAUUUUGCUAGAAAGCUAUAAAUCUCAAGAAGUCACACUGAACUUUCAAAAGGCUUUAGAAGAAAGGAUGAACAUCUCGUAUAAAGCAAGGGAUAAGGCAGAUAUCACAAGAUUUGGAAGGUGGUGUCUGCAGCUGUACUCAGCCUGGUCCAUGUGUUUUUUAAAAACCAGAAAAACAUGUCAUCUUCAAAACAGUUAUUAAGCCACUCUUAUUUUAAGAGUUUGUUUAGGUCUUGCAGUAAUUUCUUAGCAGCACCAUUUUCUGGUUCAAUUUUCAAGAGGCUGUUGAUAUCUGCUUUGCUGGAUUUGUAGUCCUGGAAAUAAAGAAAACAUGUAUUAAUUAGGUAGAGUGCUAGUUCCUUAGAAACAAAGUCUAUUAACAUUGGAAGAAUUGAAGGAUGAUAUCACUAUAUGUAAUGCAGUUUCUUUUGGUUGAAGACAUUUUAGUGCCUUUGUUUCUUUGGCCACUACAGCAGCUCUGUCCUCUUAUCAUCACUGCUUGUAAACCACAUCAAUAGGUUAUUCGUGUUUAAUCUCAGACAAUCUCCUUGCUUAACUCCUGACACACUCAAAUAUCAACCCAUGGACGUAAAAAUUUUGCAUUCUGCAAGUCAGGAGUGCUGUCCAAAGCCAAAUUCCAUGCUGGCAUUUUUUUCAACCAAUCUGGCAAUAUGAAAUCCCAAGAUGUGGUGUCCACUUCUGUAUACUAAUCUUUUUACAAUAGGUACUGAGAUGUGUUUGAAUGUGUUAGCCCAUGCUAUUAGCUAGACAGAGCAUGACAGUAGAUAAUUAUCAGUAAGAUCUCUGACAAUCAAGAAUGCACACAUUAUAUAGUUUUGCAUGGUCUUUCAUUAAUAUAGUAAGGCCACGUAUGUCCCAAAAAUCACAGCACACAGGAAAAAUGGGAAAUUGUAGCUAAAUGUACCUUUAUUUACAAAACAUCACAAAAUAUGUACAAAAUAUUCUGUUGGCCACCUCUUUCUACACACAAGAUCUUCUCCCCCACGCAUGGUGAACAUGUCCUAAGAUAUCUGUUGUUAUGCAAGUAAUUGCAUUUCAAAUACAUUCCUUAAAAUGAUCCAUGUUUCUAAUCUUUUCCUUCUCCACCAUGGUUUUUAAGUGGCCCCACAAGUAUUUUCUAAAUAUACUAAUAUAAAAAUAUACUAUGUAAUAUAAAUUAUUACAUAUGAGUUUGAUUCUUCCAAUGUAUGCAGACAUUUUGGAUACUCUGCAUAUGAAAACCUCUAAGACUGUAGCAUAGGUACUUACAGAGCAAAUACAAGGGAAUCUGUCUUGUGAAUAACAGAAAAAAAUAUAUUCUUGGGAUAUUUCCUUAUGGACUACGAGAAGAGCAGCUGCUUUAAAGUUGUGUUUACAUCAUAUUUUAAUCUGAAAUUUUGUCAACUGUAGCUAAACAACUGAAUACCUUAAAAACAUAGUGGCUGUAAUCGAGUAACAUGCAAUAUUUUGACCUUAAAUGUAAAAGAGAUCAAAGCUGUGCAAGGGACUAGAGAUUAGGGGUGUGCAAUUUGGCAAAAACCCGUGUCUUUUUUGGUGUCCGGUUUUUGACUGCCCCCUGUUCUGUUUUCAGGGAACUUCCCAAGUUGAGGAAGGAUUUCUGUUUUCAUGCCAGAAAGAUUUGUCUACUGGCACCAAUUGGGAAACUUCAGAGGCUCAUUUCUCCGUCAUUUUUAGGCCUAUCAGCAUGAAAUCCACCUCAUUAAUAGGCCACAUUUUCUACUGCAAGCCAGCCAAGUUUCAGAACAUUUCACCAAUCCACUAGUUUUUUGGAAUUUUUAAAGUUUUUAUCAUAUUUUUAAUUUAAAAAACAACAAAAGGGGGUUCUGGGAAUUGAAGUCCCAAGCAAACACCACAAGAGGGGAAGAAAUUGGACAGACACAGUCAACCAGGCCUCUGAUUGGCUGAGAAAGAAAAAAGAGAAACAGAGGAAAAACCUCAACUCCCAUCAUGCCCCGGAGGGAGCACAAAGCUCCUUCCAUGCUUGCGCCGCACAAAGUGCUGCUGGGAAAGCGAGUUCCCAUUUGCCUCAAGCAGGUGUGUGUGUGAGGGGGGGGGGUCAGGAAGGUAUGAAUGAAGGAGCCUGCCAGGGACGAAAGUAAAGGAGGAGCUGCAGCUUUCCUGAUUAGCAAGGCGGCGCUGCCUCAGGUAGUGCGCCGCUUAGCCCCAUUGGUCCCCAUUAUUAGCCCCCGUUAGCCGAAAAGAUCUGGCUGCUGUGAUCUGUACCGGCUAAGGCAUUGUCUGCCCCACACCAUGCCCAUUUUCAUGCAUUCAGCAACCAAAUCCGCUGAAUCAUUCAAAACUAAAUUAUGCACAUCCCCACUAGAGAUCCCCAAAGUCUAAGGAGUAACUUUUCUCAUAAACCUAAUUUUAGGAUUGGAACCGAAUACCUGAGCCUGUCAAGCUGCCAGCUGCCAGUAGUCAUUUGGCAUCUCUUGGAUAGAUUGCUAGGUCCCUCUAUAUAUUAAAGUGAUUUAAGUUAUUUCCAAUGAUCUGUGACAUUCCAAUUAGAUAACAGUAAUGGGGAUGCCUUUGGAAAUGGCUUGGUAGCCUUUGGCUAGGGCGCUGAAAUUAUUAGUGGGGAUUGGUAGAUAUGAUCACGUCAUUCCGGCAUUUUGUUUUCUGCAAUGGUAUUUAUUCAAGUUCCAAUCCCAUUUCAAAAUGCUACUAUUUAAAGCCAUGAUGGGGUGUAUGAACAUUUGGUAUUUAAAUACUGAUGCAUAGCAUGAAAAUGUAAUAAAUAAAUUUCUUCCAGUUAAUGCAAUUGUACAUCCUUGUGCCCACUCCUCCUUAAGGGAUAAUCCAAUACACUUUUAGGGUCUCCCUUCUAAACAAUUUAUUUUUCAAAUUUCUGGAAAAAGAUGGUGGGACUAGAGAUACAAAACACAUUAUUAAGAACUGGCAAGGCAGCAUUUGGGGUACAAAACAACACCUGGAAGCACAAAUGGACAGAAGAGAAAUGUAUUAUCUCCUUUCCUCUCCUUUUGGUCGUUAUACUACUGCUUUAAGGAAGAGUCUGGUCAAAAUGAAAAAUGAAAGUGAUGCUUUGGGUAGUAACUUUCAAAGUGAGAAAAACGUCAGGGGAUCCUUUGAACAGACAUAAUUUUCAGACUCUGUUUUGUAUCUGAAAAAUAUGUGGCUUUCUCUAUAGGAAUAUAAGUUUAAAGCACUGCUAGUACAGUGCUUUGCAUAAUGAAAACAAUGUAAAAAGUGACCAGAUAAAGCUUAAAAAAUGGGAGGCUUUCUAAACUAUAUUUCUCAGGCACCUUACCUUAAGUUCUUUGUAUGCUUGAGCUCGUCUAUAAAAUGCUUUGAUGUUCUUUGGAUCUAUUUUAAGUGCUUCCGAACAGUCCUGAAUCGCUUCCUUGUACUGCUUUAAAUUCAGGUAGCAAAGAGCCCUGGAAGGCAGACAGUGAGUGUUAAAUGUAUUUGAAAACAGCAAUCCUGAGCUGAAAUUAUAUGAUUCAAAUAUUAGAAAGAAUGAUACUUGAAUAUUACAAGAAUCUGUAAAUAAAUCUUUAUUGCAAAAGGAAGUUAAAUUCUUAUGAGUUAGUCAACAUGUUUUGAUAAACGAUUUUAUUUGCAACAAGCUUCUGAAGAAUUGCACAAUACAUUACAGCUUAUAUCCUGUGAUUAGAUAAUAUAUCUAGAUCACUCUGAAAGAAAAGACUCCAACCUGCAUAUCUUAACAGCUUUCAUUACAAUAGAAUUCAAGCAAAUAUAUUGAGUAAAAGAGCUUGGGGCUAUGAAUUUGCACUGCAUUAGUCUACCCAGGCAAAUCAGACAUAUAAUGUCCAGGAAUGUCCAGCACGUUCCCAUCUAGUGCCCUCCAUGGAUUAUGCUUACCACUGAUCUCUUAAGACACAGCAGAAAUAAGAACAGGAGUGGCUCAUUGAUAUAUUCAAUAAAAACCCUUACUGAAGCAGCAUCUCUUCUAAUGCUGGUCACUGAAGCCCAGCAGUAUGCAGUUCAAUUUUUUCCAUACUUUCUAUGCUCAAAGCUUCUAUGAGGAAAGGUUUAAAUCAGGGCUUAAACUUUUCCACUCGCGACCCCUUUUGGCCCACAAAAUUUUGACAUGACCCAGGGAUAUAAGUAUAUAAAAUAGGUAUAAAAACAUUUAGUGAUCAAUCAGUAUUUGCAAGGCUUAUUAAACAGGCUGGUUCUCCUUUUUAUGAAGUCCAAGUUGAAAGCAUCUCCUGCAGUAAACACUGAACAACAAAUUCAUAUAAAUGUCUAAAAUAAGUACGUCCAGAAAUCUUUUACUGUUACCAAAUUUUGAGAGCCCAAUAUCGAGUUAAUGGAACCACAUUUCGGGCUGGGACCCACAGUUUAAGAAGCAGUGGUUUAAAUGAUAUACAGUAUUUUCCCUGCUUGGUCCCAUCUUUAUGGUAUUCCUGGCAUCAGGUGCAGAAAUAUUUACAUUUAGGGAGCUACUGACAGGAAGACCUUUGAUAUAAUUUAAUAAUUCAAGGAGGGUGUUUUUAUAUAGCAUAUGUUUGUUAGCAUGAGCCUGUUGUCUCAUUUUUGGAGAGUACAUUUUAACUGUGUUUUACUUUUAAUAAUUUUCUCUACCUUACACAGAAUUUAUUGAAAUGUUAAUUUUUAUUGUUGUGUUUGAUAAGCUGCUUGGAGAACUUCAAUUAUAGAACAGCUACAUAUAUAAAAGAGUAAAGGUAACAAUAAUAGAUGAUCCAUAACUGUAUCCCUUCUUCUCCCUUAAAAGGCUUCUCUGGAAGAUGGUAAGGAGCCCUCCUAAACUAGUAUAGAAUGGUUUUUUUUCUUCAGGAAAAGAACAUCUUAUGCUAUCUCUAAUUGCUAACAGAUUUAGCGAAGCUUUUGUGAAUCAGGUGCUUCUAAGUAACAGGACCAUUUUACAAAAGUCAAUCCUAAAAAAAAUCUUAGUUUAAAAGUGCUAUAAGACCAUUUAUUGCUAUUGUGCUGGAACAGACUUGCAUGAAAAUUUACUUCUACAUUUUUAAAAAAUAUUUGUAUUUUAGGAAGCAAUAUAGCACCCAAAAAGCCAACUGUUUGGUUCAGAUACAUAGAAGACACCUUCACAAUUUGGAGCCAUGGAGAGGAAGAACUCAGCAAGUUCCUGGACCACCUUAACAGCAUCCACCCAAACAUCCAAUUUACCAUGGAAAAAGAAAAGGAAGGAAAACUGCCAUUUCUAGAUGUUCUGGUCAUCCGCAAACCCAAUCAACAAUUGGGCCACACAGUUUACAGAAAACCUACACACACAGAUGGAUACCUUCAUAAAAACUCCAACCAUCACCCAGGUCAAAAAAGAAGCACAAUCAAAGCCCUGACGGACCGUGCACAAAGAAUCUGCGAACCUAACCUCCUCCAAGGUGAACUAAACCACCUAAACUGGGCCCUACAGGCCAAUGGAUACUCCACCAAAGACAUCAGAAGAGCUGCAAGGCCAAUAACAAGCCAUGAGAGUCAAGACAAAGAUCCACCCAGAGGAAAGGUGUUCUUACCAUACAUCAAGGGAGCCACUGACCGCAUAGGCAAACUGAUGAAGAAGCACAACCUACAAACUAUCUACAGACCCACAAAGAAAAUCCAACAAAUGCUACGGUCAGUGAAAGAGAAGAGGGAUCCUCUCUCCUCUGCAGGAGUUUAUCGGAUACCAUGCAGCUGUGGACAAGUAUACAUAGGGACCACCAAAUGCAGCACACAAACACAAGUCAAAGAACAUGAAAGGCACUGCAAACUAAUUCAACCAGAGAAAUCAGCCAUAGCAGAGCACUUGAUGAACCAACCUGGACACAGUAGUAUAUUAUUUGAGAACACAGAAAUGCUUGACCACUCCAACAACUAUCAUGUCAGACUACACAGAGAAGCCAUUGAAAUCCACAAGCAUGUGGACAACUUCAACAGAAAGGAGGAAACUAUGAAAAUGAACAAAAUCUGGCUACCAGUAUUAAAAAACUCAAAAAUCAAAACAGUAGAUGGGAAGCAACACUCGAGGGCAGAGGAGCCCCAAGGACGGCUAAUGACUCUUAACAAAGGAUGCCCCCCUGGCAAGAGACAAACCUUUCCAAUGCUAAUUAGGGUGAUUAACUGAAACAUUAACACUGGCUUCCAACUAACAAAGAACUCUUGUCACACCCUGGACUCUCCAUAGAUAUAUAUUUUUUCCUUCCUUGCCCAGUUUAUCCAUGCCUCACAGCCUCUGAGGAUGCCUGCCAUAGAUGUGGGUGAAACGUCAGGAGAGAAUACUUCUGGAAUAUGGCCACACAGCCCGAAAGACAUACAUCAACCCAAUAUAGGCUCUGUUUGGCUAAAACAUUAUAUCAUAUAGGUAGAAAUAAGGGAUCCCCAUAUAGCUGAAAGAGAAAUACCAAACUGGAUUAGAACCAUCUGUGUACAAAAUUUGGCAUAGAGCUAAAGAUUUCUUUCCUGUGGUUUGGUUUAAGAGAUAAGAGAAUAAAUGCAAACUAUGUUAAAUAGUAAGACAGACAUCUUGCAUGUUUUCUAAAGGCACUUCCAGCCUCAUCCAAGAAGACAUAUUCACAGGUGGGGAAAAGGGAUAUAGGCAUGUACAUGUUGCACGUCACUGAAAUGUCCACACAAAAAACCUCUCCUGUAGCUUUUUUGAGUGAAAGACAGACAACUUUUAUUCAAAGAAGUUCCCCAAUAUUCUGACACUUGGGUGCAUGGAAUUUAAUUUCUUGAAAUGGGGAUGUUGAUCAUUUACAUGUUAUAUAGUUAUAUGAGCAUUACCUGUUAGUAUAAGUUGCACAUUCAAGCUUGUGAAGUUUUAAACUCUGUGUGUACUUUUCUACAGCUUUCUUAUAGUUGCCCUUCUUUACAAAUUCAUUUCCUUCUAGUUUCAAUGUGUUUGCUUGUUUGGUUGUAGCAGCUGUAGGCACUGAAAUUCAUAUUAAAGAAAAAACAGAGCUAUAUAAAAACAACACCAGAAAAUUAACACAUUUGUCAUUUUAGUGGAACAGGGUGAAAGGUAUAAACAUACCGUGAAAAUUAUCUGGCACUAGGUGUUCUAGAGUCAGGGCUAGCCCUAGGUAAUUUUCAAGUGUAAGCAAAAAGUAUCCCCCCCCCAACCAAUCACUGAAAAAUACACUUUAUAUACGCUAUAUAUAUAUACAUAUAUAUAUAUACACACACACACAUAUUUCAUAUAUACAUAUAUUUAUAUACACACACACACCCCUCAUAUCUUUCUAUAUACCAUAUCUUGGGACACAAGAUAUGAUCCUAAUAAUUAAAUAAUUUUGUGCAUGGAAACAAAAUGUGCUUUUCUAUUGCACUCAAUGUGUAUAUAUUUAAAAGCCACACAAAACGAUGCCAAGGAGGAAAAUGAAGGGAAAGGGGUAAUUCCUAUUUAUCUGCGUCUGCCAUUUUGUGCCCUUGUUGAAAAUGUCCACAUGCUUGUGGAUUUCAAUGGCUUCUCUGUGUGAUUCCCUCUGUGAUUCCCUCAGGCAGGAAGAAGCCAGAUUUUGAAGCUCUAAGGUCAUUAGAUGAUAAUCAAGCUGGCCAACUGCACCAUUUACACUUGCCUCAGAUAAGUUUUCUCCCAUGCUGGACCUUCCUAGUUUCCAACUGGGAACUGAUGCCCAAAUCCUCUCGAGUACCAAAGCCCUUGGGCUAUCUAGUCCAACCACUUUGGCCUUCACGCAGCAAAAGCACAAUCAAAAACCCCCUGACAGAUGGCCAUCCAGCCUCAAUAUUAUUGAUGAUAAUAAUAGAGUUGGAAGAGACUCCUUGGGCUAUCUAGUCCAAUACCCCUUCUGCCUUCAUGCAGCAAAAGCACAAUCAAAACACCCCAGACAGAUGGCCACCCAGCCUCAAUAUUAAAGAUAUAUAUUUUGGGCACUGAAAAACAUUUCUGAAGCACUGGCUGGUCACCAAUCAGGGCAAAGGCAGGGAGGGGGCACUGCACGUGCCCCAGGGGGCCCUGUCUGUCUCUCACCAUCUUGGAUGCUGUGCUGGAGGGCGGAUGCCAGCUUCGUGAAGGAGGCGGAGCUGGCCUAGGAGGUCUUGGAAACACUGGGCUUCUGAGAAAGAAGGAAGGCAGGAAGGGAGCCACCAAGGCAAAGCAAGAAGGCAAGAGGCAGCGAGGGAGGGAGGGCAAGGAGCGAUGAGAAAGUGGGUGUGGCCUGGUGCAAGCUUCUGUCUUCAUGCAACAAAAGCAAUCAAAGCACCUCUCAAUGGGGGAGAAGAGGAGGGAGGAAAGAAAGGAGUUGGAAGAGGAAGAAAGAAGCAGGAUGCAGAGGAAAGGGAGAAUUCAAAAAUAAAAAGUAUCUCUGCCUCUUUCUUUACUUCCUUCCUGCAGUAAAGGAAGGGAGGCAAGAAGGAGUUGGUGAAAAAGGAAGCAGUCUCCCUCCCUUCCUCCCUCCCUCCUGCUGCUUCCUCGGGGGCAUCUUGCAGGAAGAACCAGAGGAGAGGAAGGCUGGGGGGCCAAGCGAGAGGAAGGCGGCUGCUGCUGCUGCUUCUCCCACAGUCCAUUGAAUAGCCUUGCAGAGGGCUCCGCUGGGAAGGGAACGGGGCAGAGCCGCCUGAAUGACAGACCGCCAGGGGCUGCCCGUCAUUCAGGCAAUUCCUCCCCCUUCCCUUCCAGGCGCCUCAAUGGUGCCCCUAGUGGAUACGGCAGCACCCACAAAUGUUUCCCCAGCUUAUAGCUUCAGCCGCCCCUGUCUAGAGUAUAAAAUUGCAACUUUUUUUAAAAAAGCAAGCUAUUUCCACUGAUUGUUCAGCUCCAUUUGAAGAGAAAAGUGGCAUAAGGCAACUUAAAAACACUAGAACAGUUCAUCUUUUUGUAUUAUGCAGUAACACCUUAGAAUCUCAAGAAUUUGUGAAAUGAACAACAAGAAAUUUAUACUUUCACACCUGCACUUGGGAUGAAAAUAAUAACUGUAUUCAUUUUCCACCUUCAAACUGAGUUUCCCAAGACAUGGGAAACCUGGUUGGAAGGAAUACUUCCAAAGUGAGAAUUUUGCACUAUUUUAAUUGAAUAUUCAUAAAUACAAAAUGUUUGGGAAAUUAUUCUGUGCACACUUGGCUUUUUGCACAAAAUGUUUUUUUUUCCACAGAAAACAAAGCUUCUUGCUACCCACUUUUUCUGCAAAAUUGCUUGGUUUUGUGCAAAAGCCCCAGCAAUUAAGCACAAAAUGCUCACAUGGGUUUCUGGAAAUAACUGUUUUUCACACUAUUUUUGUGAGGGGAAAACACAUUUAUUGUGUAAAAUGGGCCACUGUUUUUAGAAACCCAUGCUUGUGUGCAGGUUUUUUGCACAGCCCCUAUAAUGUUUGCACAAAAAACAUACACAAUUUUUUUAAAUGGGGAUAUGAACUGUUUUAUGCAAAAAACAAAAAAAACAAAACAAAAAAAAACCAGAACUGGAAUUUAAAGAAAUCAGGAAGUUAGAAGGAAAUGAAACCUGAACAGGUUAAAGAGAUAAGCUGAAAAUGAAGGGAGCCUAUCUUGGGCUUCAGGCAAGAUAUAAUGAGUCUAAAUCAGGGGUCCUCAAACUUUUUAAGCAGAGGGCCGGUCCACAAUCCUUCAGACUGUUGAGGGGCCAAAUUAUCAUUUGGAAAAAAAAUACAAACAAAUUCCUAUGCAUACUGCACAUGUCUUAUUUGUAGUGCAACAACAACAAUGACAAAAGAACAAUACAAUAUUUAAAAAUGAAAACAAUUUUAACCAACAUAAACCUAUCAGGAUUUCAAUGGAAAGUGUGGGCCUGCUACUGGCCAAUGAAAUAGUCAAGUUAAUUAGGAUUGUUGUUGUUGUGUGCCUUCAAGUCAUUUCAGACUUUGGCUGAGCCUAAGUCUAAAAUUAAUUAUUUAUUUACUGCAUUUAUUUACUACAUUUAUAUCCCACCCUUCUCACCCAGAAGGGGACUCAGAGCAGCUGUAUGUACAUGCAAUAUAUUAUAUUAUUAGCAUAGCACAAUAUUAGCAUUAUAUAAUAUUAUAUUGAACUAUACCACUAUACUAUUAUAUAAUAUGUAAUAUAUAACAUAUAAUUAAUAUUAUUAUAUGGUAUUAUUAUUAGUAUUAUAUUGUAUAACAUAAUAUUAUUAUCAAUAUAAUAUGUAUAUACAAUAUAUUAUAUUAUUAAAACUGAUAUAAAAAUAUUAUAUUAUAAAACUGAGAGCGGGGGCCAGGUAAAUGACCUUGGAGGGCCGCAUCCGGCCCCCGGGCCUUAGUUUGGGGACCCCUGGUCUAAAUGGUCGAUACUAUUAAAGAAGACUAUGUGAUCUUUAGCAUGGGUGGUAACACAAAUUAACCAAUUCUUGGAUAGCUUCUGGUACUGGCUGAGUAUUUCUUAUCUGAAAAUACAAAAUACUAAAAAAUCCAAAAUUAUCCACAUGGGCUACUGAGACAGUGACACUUUUGCUUUCUGGAGAUUCAAUGUAAAUAAACUUUGUCAUCAUUGUUUCAAAUGUUGUACAUUGAAUUACCUUCAGGGUAUUAUACAAGGUGUAAAUGAACAUCAAUGGAUUUUGCAUUCAGACUUGGGUCUCAUCUCCAAGAUAUCUCAUUAUGUAUAUGCAAGUACAAUAUUCCAAAACUUUUAAAAAUUUAAUAUGCAGAACAUUUUGGUCCCAAGCAUUUUGAAUAAGGUAUAUUCAACCUGUCCUGUUUUUUUCGUUCAUAUUCCUUAACAGCAUCAGAAUUUCUCACCUUGAUUUGUUACAGGAGCAGCAGCAUUUACUUUGUUUCCAGCAGGAGGUGGCUCCCACCUUUUCUGAGCAGAAACAGGAACGGUUGGGAUGGGCGGCAGCUUCUGGCGCCACUGAAGGCCAUCUUUGUCCAAUAAAGCCUUGGUCAUUCUGGAAAAAACAAUUCUAUUAAAUUUAGCCAUAUCCUGAGGAUCACUUUUCCAGAAAAAGACAUCUAAUUUAAGUGGUUAUGAUCCCUUUUUUUCUGAAUACCUCUACGUGAUUAUUUUGCACACCUGGAUAGGUGUAACUCAGAAUGUGUCUGGACAGAGACAAGUGUUUCUUUUCAGAUCUGGAAAGCAUCACUGGCAGCUACACUAACCCCAUCCAUUGUGUGUCUCAACUUCAGGAACAGAAAGACAGUCUGUGCUGAAAGAAUUGUCUGUAGGGGUCCUUACAGUAUAUACUAAGCCAAAGAUCAAUUAAUAUUCUUGCUGCCUCAUAUCUGACAAAUACUCCCUUUCGCUUGUUCCAUGUACUUGUACUUAUAUUUUAACUUGUUUAUACUUUUGUCUUUUUCUAGGAUUGGUCCCAUGUUAGCCUCCCCGAGUCUCUUUGGGGAGAUGGUGGUGGGAUACAAAAAUAAAGUAUUAUUAUUAUUUCGUUGUGGCAGAAGUGUAAAAUGACAGAGCUCUCUCAUGCUUUUGCAACUAGAUAGUACAAAGUCUGUUGCAGUCAGAAGCAAAGAGAAUGACAGGGGCUUUGCCACUGAACCUUGGAGAUGAGACUUCUUCUCAAGUGCAGGUUCUGAAGCAUCAGAUUCUCCCUUCUGAACCAGCCUGUGCUUUCAGUUCUUCUCACUCUCAAGUACAUUUGUUGCGAGCUUAGGCGAGGGCCUUUUCAGUGGCUGCCCCUCAGAGAGGUUAGACUGGUAUCCUCCCUACUUUGUUUUUUGCAGAAAAGUAAAGAUUUUUUGGUUCCAAUAUGCAUUUGAUGGGUGAUUGUAUGAGGCCUGCCUCAACUAAGCAAUGCACUGUUGUUUUUAAACGGAUGUGCUGAAGUGUAUAUAUAUUUAAUGCUGUAUAUUUUAAUCUGAUUAUAAUUUUCUGAUUGUUAAAAAAUGAGAUAAAACCAUGUUUUUAAUUUGCUGUAAACUACUUUUGAGUUCCAAACUGAGAUAAAGAUGGCACAGGAAUAAAUAUAUAAUGCUGCCAAAUCUGAAACAAUUUAAAUUGUAUGAAGAAAAAUAGUCUGCUGUGGAGUUAUCUAGUUGGGAACCCAAAAUAAAAUCAUUCUUGGCUGCCAAGAUAUACUUUUUUCUGUUACUGUAACAGAAGGUCUUUAAAAAAAAAUCCAAGGUUUUUAUUUCUUUGCCUUUGACUCCAUUCCAGGCUUUGUUAAAUCUAGGUAAGAAAAAUUAUGUAUCUGUGUAAAUAAAAGUUGGCUAAUUUGAUCCUAAGGAGCCCCGGGUGGCGAAGUGUGUUAAAGCACUGAGCUGCUGAACUUGCUGAAGGCCCUAGGUUCAAACCCCGGGAGCGGCGUGAGCGACUGAUGUUAGCUCCAGCUUCUGCCAACCUAGCAGUUCGAAAACAUGCCAAUGUGAGUAGAUAAAUAGGUAUUUAUUUAUUUAUUUCCAGAAUUUGUACCCCGCCCUUCUCGCCCGGGGGGACUCAGGGCGGCUUACACAGUUGGCAACAUUCAAUGCCAAGAACACAACAAUAAAACAAAAACAGUACGCACAAUCAAAACUAUAAAAAUACAUCAUUAAAAUACAUUAUAAAAAUUAAAACAUAUGUAAAUUAGCUCCAUUUGUCUAAAAACCUCAUGCUUCAGCCUUCAAUUGGACCAUGUCGACGUUAUCAUAUUACUCGUUAAAAGCUUGUGCACACAGCCAUGUUUUCACAGCCUUUCUGAAACCCAGAAGAGUUGGGGCUUGUCGGAUAUUUGUGGGGAGGGUGUUCCACAGCCGGGGAGCCACCACCGAGAAGGCCCUGUCCCUCGUCCCACCAGCCGCGCCUGCAAGGCAGGUGGGACUGAGAGCAGGGCCUCUCCAGAUGAUCUUAGGGAUCUAGCUGGCUCAUAUGAGAUACGUUUGGAUAAGUAAAUUGGGCCAGAACCGUUUAGGGCUUUAUAGGUCAAGACCAGCACUUUGAAAUGGGCUCGGUAGCAUAUCGGCAGCCAGUGGAGCUGGCUUAGCAGGGGGGUGGUAUGCUCCCUGUAUGCCGCCCCAGUUAUUAAUCUGGCUGCCGCCCGUUGUACUAGUUGGAGCUUCUGGGCCGUCUUCAAAGGCAACCCCAUGUAGAGAGCGUUGCAGUAAUCCAAACGAGCUGUAACCAGAGCAUGGACCAUCGUGGCCAAGUCAGACCUCCCAAGGAACGGGCGCAGCUGGCGCACAAGUCUUAGUUGUGCGAAGGCUCCCCUGGCCACCGCCGAGACCUGGGGCUCCAGGCUCAGCAAUGAGUCCAGGAGGACCCCCAGACUGCGAACCUGUGUCUUCAGGGGGAGUGCGACCCCAUCCAGCACAGGCUGUAACCCUAUUCCCUGUUCAGCCUUACGACUGACCAGGAGGACCUCUGUCUUGUCUGGAUUCAAUUUCAAUUUGUUGGCCCUCAUCCAGUCCGACACAGUGGCCAGACACCGGUUCAGGACCUGAACAGCCUCCUUAGUGACAGGUGGGAAGGAGUGACAGAGCUGGACAUCAUCUGCGUACAGAUGACACCUCACCCCGAAACUCCGGAUGAUCUCUCCCAGCGGCUUCAUGUAUAUGUUGAACAACAUGGGGGACAGUACUGACCCCUGCGGGACCCCACAAGACAAUGGUUGUGGGGUUGAGCAGGUGUCCCCCAAUGACACCAUCUGGGAACGACCCUCCAGGAAGGACCGGAGCCACUGCAAAACAGUACCUCCGAGACCCAUCCUGGCAAGGCGCCCCAGAAGGAUACCGUGAUCGACGGUAUCGAAGGCCGCUGAGAGGUCCAGCAGAACCAGCAGGGACACACUCCCCCUGUCCAGUUCCCGGCGUAGAUCAUCGACUAAGGCGACCAAGGCUGUCUCGGUACUAUGCCCCGGCCUGAAACCAGACUGCGCCGGAUCUAGAAAAUCAGUGUCAACCAAGAAUGCCUGGAGUUGUGCAGCCACCACACGUUCCAGGACCUUGCCCAAAAAGGGGAGAUUGGAAAUAGGCCGAAAGUUCUCCAAUUGAGUGGGGUCCAGUGAUGGCUUCUUCAACAGCGGUUUGAUCACAGCCAAUUUGAGGCUCGCUGGAAAAAUGCCUUCCCGAAGGGAGGCAUUCACCACCACCUUCACCCACUCGGCCAAUCCCCCUCUGGCUUCUCUCACUAGCCAGGAUGGGCAGGGGUCUAGGAUGCAUGUGGUAGCCCUCACCUCUCCAAGCACCUUGUCCACAUCCUCGAGCUCAACCAAUUGAAAAGAAUCCAUCAAAACAGGACAAGCAGGUGCUCGUGUCACAUCCUCAGAAGCUGCCGUUAAUAUGGUGUCAAAGCCAGAGCGGAUCAAAGCAAUUUUGUCCGCAAAGAACCGAGCAAAUGCUUCACAGCGGGCUGCCGAGUUGUCAGGGAUCCCGUCUUGGGAGACGGGAUAUAACAAACCUCUGACAACUCGGAACAGCUCCGCCGGACGGUUCGUUGCGGACACAAUAUUAGCUGCAAAGAAAGAAUUCUUUGCAGCGUCUAUUGCCGCGGCAUAUGUCCUAAGAUAGGAACAUAACCGUGUUUGGUUUGACUCGCUCGGCUCAGAGCGCCACAUGCCCUCUAGUUCCCUCUUCUUUCGCUUCAUCGCUGCCAGCUCCUCAGUGAACCAAGGAGAUGGUUUAGCUCGGGUACUCGAGAGGGGACGUUCCGGAGCAAUUGUGUCUAUUGCCCUAGUCGCCUCCUUGUUCCAGAGGGCGACCAGAGCAUCGACAGAAUCACCAGCCAAGGUGGCGGGAAACUCCCCAAGAGCCGUCAGGAAUCCAUCCGGAUCCAUAAGCCUCCUGGGGCGGACCAUUUUUGUAGGUCCUCCACCCCUGCGGAGGUUGGGAGGCGCAGUAAGUCUAAACCUGACCAGGUGAUGGUCGGUCCAUGGCAACGGAGCGAUGGUGAGCUCCUCCACAUCGCCACCUUCCUCCCAUCCCUGGCAGAAAACCAAGUCAAGUGUGUGCCCCGCUCUGUGGGUAGGGCCAGAUACUAAUUGGGACAGCCCCAUGGUUGCCAUGGCGGCCAUGAAGUCCUGAGCCGCCCCGGAAAGAGUGGUCUCGGCAUGGACAUUGAAGUCCCCCAGCACAAUGAGCCGUUGGGACUCCAACGCCAGGCCCGAGACCACCCCAGCUAGGUCAGGCAGGGAGACUGUAGUGCAGCGGGGUGGUCGGUACACUAACAGUAUCCCUAGACUGUCCCGGCCCCCUACCCUCAGAUGAGCACAUUCAAACAAGGUUGACUGCGGGAUGGGGCACCUGGUCAGGGGGAUGGACUCCUUGUAGACCACUGCAACCCCUCCUCCCCUUCCUCCAGAUCUUGGUUGGUGCUGCACGGUAUAGCCUGGUGGACAAAGCUGGGUGAGAUUGGCCCCCCCAGCCUCGUCCAACCAGGUCUCCGUUAUGCACGCCAGGUCUGCCCGCUCAUCCAGGAUAAGAUCCUGGAUGAUCGCUGCUUUUCCGUUGACAGACCUGGCGUUCAACAUCACCACCCUCAAACUGGAGGGACCGCCAACCUGGGCACCCAAUUUUACUAUAUCAGGAGGCCGUUUUAAAUCUACAAGCACUCUCCUUCUUUCCCUAGGCCGAAUUGGUUUAUGCCUCCCUUUCCCGUAUCUCCCCCUCCCCUGGAUUACUUCGAUGGGGGCCCCCCAGCCAUUGGUUGACCCCCCCCCCCUUACAUGGUCUGUCAUUGCGGUAAGACUAGCUAUUAGCCUAAGCAGUGAUCUAUUUUAUUGCUACCUGCUCUCUCCCCUUUAAAGAUAAAGAUAGUUCUCUCCUCUCCCCCACUUUGGGAGUUACCCAAGUUCUAUAUAUAAUGUGUUCUGGGACUCCCUCCCUUCUCACCUUAAAGGUUGUAAAGUGACACGUGCUAAAGUGGGGAGCUAAUGCUGUGAUGACUUAUGGGCCUUGUAGUCCUGUUCCUAGUACUAUUGUGACAGACGAAGAGGAAAACAUGGGAUUUUGCCGGUUCAGCCAGAGCCAGAGUCUCCUCACCUGCAGGAUGUUGAUGUUUGUUCUCAAGAAUUCAGCCAAACAAGCUUUGGGCAGAACUCCCCCCCGUUUCCCAGAAAAGAAUCUUAUUCCCGGGAAAGGGGAAACAGAGAGGCUCAGCGGAGGAGUUUACGCAUUGCUGCCAGAAAUCAAGCUGAUUAGGCUUGCUUCCCUUGGGAAAUUCUAAGGAGUCACACAUCUGGAUAGAGUUGGGUUUCGCUUCUCGUUCUCUAGGGAAAGAGUUCUGUUGGCGGGAAAACGAGACCCAAUAUAGGUGCUUAGCGCCAGGGAUACUUUGCGGAGUCAAUUGUUCAGCUUGAGGAGAGAGAUCGUGUGUGGACUUCGUAAUCCCAGUUCCUUGUUUCCCGGAUCAAGUUUCCAGCCUUGUCUUGUCUCACGGACUUCCUUGGACUCUGUUCAUGUUUCAUGUUUGCCUCGUCUUCUAGUCACGGAUCCAGCCAAGAAUCAAGUUUAUUUUCCAGCCUCGUUGUCUAGCUACAUUGGACUUUAAAGACUCUGUUAUUUCCCCACACUAUUGCUUGGCAAAGUGUGUGUUUCGGUCAAGUGGAUUAAAACUUUGGACUCUAAUAUCUUAUAUUGGACAAUACAUUUCUGGACUAUAAUUGACCUCAUCUGAAAGGUCUACUUCUGAAUUAUAUUCUUCACUUGUUUUUAUUGUUUUUAUAUAUUUCCUUAAUAAAGAUAUUAGAUAGAGA